AUGCCAUUAAAACGUACUCCUCCGCCGGCGAAUGCUUUGCUGGGUGCAGGCCAACUUCAGCACAGUGAGUCGGCCCCGAAUAUUACCACUGCGCAAGAACACGAGGAUGAAUCGGGUGAAAUAAGGGCGUUGGGGCGCAACAUUAAGCGUAAGAGAUCGGAUUCAAGUGAAGAACUAUCCAACUUAAAGUGCGAAAUUACAUCAAUGUUUGCAUCUUGGAAAGCGGAACAAGACAGCAAAUUUGAUACGUUGUUGAUAGCACUGAAUGACAUAAAAUCACAAAACGCGAACAUACAUAAAUCCUUAGAGUUUUUGUCGGAAAAGUAUGAUGAACUUAUAGAAAGAAUUAACACCCUGGAACAAGAUAAAAGGCAUCAACGGGACUACAUAAAUACAUUAGAGACUAAAAUAGAAAAUCUUGAGCGGAACUUCAAAGUAAAAUCAAUAGAAAUACGCAAUAUACCUACAAAAAUCAAUGAGACAACGGAAGAUUUAAUGAAAAUUGUUCAAAAAACUGGUGCUGUGAUAGAUUUGAAGAUUGAGAAGAAUGAUAUUUGUGAUAUUUACCGCACCAACACUAAAAAUAUUACUCAGAAGCCAAUAACGGUCAACUUUAAUAGCGCAUUGACAAAAGAAAAGUUUCUGAAAUCUGUCAAAAAAUUUAAUCGAGAUAAUCGUGGAAGUACCCUUAAUACAACUCAGUUAAAAAUUGAUGAGGAAUCAAGACCGGUUUUCGUCUCAGAAUUAUUAACAGCUAAGGCGAAAAGGUUGUUCUACCUUGCACGCGAUUUCGCCAAAAGCAACCAAUACUCAUUCUGCUGGACGUCGCAUGGGAGAAUCUUCAUUAGAAAAAAUGAGGGCUCGCCACAGGUACGCAUUGACGGAGAGGAUCAGCUGCUCCAACUGAAGGGCAAAUGA